CAAUCAACUUGGGUCAUCCGAACGGAUUCUAAAGAGAUUCCGACAAGAAGACUUUCAAAACCAUGUGGUAUCGUCUCUCUACAACAAGCAUCUGUUGGUUCCCCUUCACAUCCCCCUCCCCUGCUGAAGAUCAGUGCGAUAUAUCUCUGGGGAAAGUCUAUUUUGGUACAUAGGAUUGAGGAAACGCCUCUGUGUUGCCUCCAUGGUCUACACACGAAGCGACUCCACUCACUGACAGACUCACGCCGAUAGCUUCAACCGCUGAACCAGACUUUCUUGGAAUGAAUCCGACAGCGGCCGCAUCUAUCUGUGCUGGAACCUGGCAAGUAAUCUGCUGAUCAAAACUGAUAGCUGGAAUAGUUUCAUGUUCGUUCAGUGCUGUACACAGCUUCGACCAUAGGCUUGUGUUGCUGAGUUCCCGGAGAUGGAUGUGAAGACGGUGCUUCUCUUCAUUGGAUGGAUGCUAGCCUCUGCAGCUUGCAAUCCCAAACAACGCCUGGUUGCUGAUUUGUUUCGAACUUACGACAAACGUGUUGAACCCUUUGGUCCUAACACCACCCUGGAUGUGAGGAUGGACCUCAUGCUUGCAGAGAUAUCUGGUAUCGACGAGAAAAAGCAAGUGCUAACUACAAACUGCUGGAUAUCUUUGAGAUGGAAGGAUGCAUCGUUAGCAUGGCAACCAGAAAAACAUAAGAACGUAACAGAGAUCCGUGUCCCAGCUGACGCCAUAUGGACGCCUGACAUGAGACUUAAAAACUCAGCCGAAGGUAAUCAAAUAUCGCCAAGCGGAAUAAACAACGCCAUUCUGAGGUCAAGUGGAAACGUAUUGGUGUCCUACCAGGUCAUCUUGAAGACGUCGUGUCAAAUCGACGUUGCAUCCUUUCCCAUGGACCGACAAGAAUGCCGGAUGAUGUUCGAGUCGUUGACAUACAAUGGCGAUCAACUGAAUAUCUCAAAUGGUGAACGAGGGGAAGCAUCCUUAUCUGAAUACAUUUCCAAUGCAGAAUGGGAUCUGAUCUCAUAUACAAAGUCCCGGCAGGUCCUGUAUUACACAUGUUGCCCGGAGCCAUACCUUUCAUUAACGUACACAAUGACCCUGAGACGACGGCCCCUGUUCUUCCUGAUGUACCUCAUGGUGCCCUGCCUCAUCAUCACGUUGGUGGCUCUGCUGGGACUCCUGGUGCCGAACGAAUCUGGAGAGAAAAUAUCUAUUGGAAUCACUUCUCUUCUGUCAAUGAUAGCGUUGUUGCUUGUUCUUUCAACAUUGCUACCACCGACGUCGCUUGCGAUUCCUCUAAUUGGUCGGUACUUCGCGAUCAACAUCGUCAUCGUGUCUCUGAGUAUUGGUCUGGCCGUGUUCACUCUGAAUAUCCAUCACCGAGGGGCGAGAGGACACAGACUCCCGAGGCUUGUGAAAACUGUGUGCUUUAAUAUUCUUGCGAGGAUCCUCUUCAUCAAAAUAGACCCGCCAGAGUCCACCGACGAGAACAUGGUCCUAAUUCGUGCUGAUGACGAGGCCAUGGAUGCAGACAAACCAGGACCCACCAUGACGGAGGGUCAGCCCGGUGGAGGGAAUAACGUGGUGGGUGUUCUCAACCGACUGCUCCACACGGUAGAGAAGGCCACGGAUCUACACAAGAGGAGGAUCACAUCACAAGACAGUCUUGCCGAGGCUACAUAUGAAUGGAAACAGCUGACCAUCGUUCUCGAACGCGCUCUGACGAUCAUAUUUCUCAUUGUCACACUUUGUACGACUUGUGUAAUGUUCUCAUAGACUCAGUGGUAGCCCAGUGGUUAAAGUGUUUGCUAGACAGACAGUAGGCCUAGCUUCUAUUUGUAUAAGGGUAUAAUCAGAUUUUUUUUUCUCUGUAGAACCAACGGGUAGCCUUGUGGUUUAAGUGUUCGCUCAUAAGGCCGCACGCCUUGCUUCUAUUCCACAUAUGGAUAUUGUAUCUACUAUGAUCUUGUACUCUCCAGAGCCUGGAGAUUAAAGCGUUCGUUCAUCAGGUCACAUUCCAAGUUCCCACAUGUAUCACAUGUUUGACAGUCUCGGUGGCGUGAGAACUGUUACGUGUUUAUUCCAACGUUGAGACUAACACAGUACUUAAAAAGGAAUAAGCCUGUCUGUACUCUGUGUGACACCAAGGUUGAGACUAACACAGUACAUAACCGGGAAUCAGCCUGUACUCGGUGUGACACCAACGUUGAGACUAACACAGUACAUAACCGGGAAUCAGCCUGUACUCUGUGUGACACCAACGAACCACUAAAUGAUGGGAUGUAAUUAGCAAUUAUAUUCUAAAAUAAACUCAGCUUACAAAUCACCACAAAGGGAUUACAGUGGCAGUACAGAAUGACUGGCAAAUUCAAAAGCAGUGAUUACAGCAAUACAGACAGAGUGUAAUAUUCACCUCAUAGCAGCAAUGAUGGAGUUUCCAAACUUAGGCCCAUGCUGAGUAUUUAGGGUAAGAAUUUCUCCGCACAAGUGCUAGUCUUAGCUGCCCAUAUGUCCCAAAGAAAAGAACACCAGAAGAUUCUCCUUCUACCUGGUCAGAAUAUAGUGAAAGGCUUAUAUAGUUGGAGUACCGUGUAGUACCUUCCUCAAGUUUGUCUAUAUAUAGCACAAGUCUAAAUAAAGCACGCCACUGCCUCUCACUGACUAUCCACACUUAGAACUCAACCUACUUUUUAAACCAAUCAAAGGUUCCCAUUUCCCUGUGUCAAUAGGCUCUGAAUGAUUAAGAACUCGGCAUUCAGCGGCCAUUUAGCAAGCUGCCGAUUGGUCAAAAGAUACACAUAAACAAUGUUUUCAUGUUUUAUUGACGUGAGGUCCACGUGACUGCCACAGUCUUGCCGAAGGUGUCUUUGUAACGCCGAUACGAUCUGUGUCAAUGUGUUAGGGGGAUACGGCGAUUUGUCCUUUCUCCGUAUUUCAAGAAUGAAACGUUGCAUGCAGAAAUCAAGGUCGCGGUUAUUCAACGCAGAAAUAUCCCCUGGAAUUACACCAAAUUCUAAGAGAGUUGAAGCAUGCUGACUUCGGUACUACACCCAGUCUUUCUAAACAUUUAGUGCCCACUGGUUGUUUUGUCGCAUUUUCUUCGCAUCCUUUUGUUCUUGUUAGAUAUUAUAGGAUGAUACAGGUGGGGCAAAACGACCGUCACUUUCCUCAUGUUAUACAAAAUCUUGAGAUGGAAUAGACAGCAACUGGGCUAGACUUGCAGUUUGUGUACAUUCAAAGUCAGUAUUGUUGAAAAGUUCGUCAAACAGCAAAUCAGAAUUCGCGAAAUCGGACUGCUCGUCCAUGGCUCUCCACUUCAGAGCGCACAUUUGAAUUUGUGAGGUAAAGAAAUUACGUAGCAUAUGACCUUCCUAGUGACCGCACUUCAUAACUGUCGAUCAAAAGUAGGUGGAGUUCUAAGUCAGUUAGAAUCUAUGUAGAGAAAUCUUAGUGGCUUCGCCCCUUCUUAAUCACUAAGAUUUCUCUACAUAGAUUCUAACUACUACGUAGAAUUGUUACACAUGGAACAUUGUUGCACAAUGAAUAACACAACCACAUAACAAAAGGAGAGACCCGGAUGCAGCCGUCUUGUGAAUAGGUGGUAACUCUUGGUCUAGCACUUCUUGAACAAUCUUGGGUUAGAAUUGAGGCGGUAGCCGCGGCACCGAUUCCAUGACUCAGGUUGAAAUGACCUUCAACUGCAAACUGGGACUUUCCAGUUUCAAGACGUCCUGUGGCAAUGCUGCCAGUAGCCAAAUUCAGUCUCGACAUUUUCCACUUCCAGUUGUCCUCAAGAAACGUAACUAUGACGACAUGCUGAAGGACAUUUGACAUGGUUGACACAGCUUGCAGGAGCCUUCUGCUUUUAAUUGCUUUAGAAAGCUACGACAUUUUGAAAAAGAUGUAGUUGUGCAGUUCGUCGGGAAACGAACAACUGGUUAACAUCGUUCAAACAGGAUUUCUGUUUAUUUAUUUAUUAUCUCAUUUGUAUUGGAUUUUUAAUGAAGAUAGGUCAGACAAUAUCAGUAUAGCCCUGUAUAUUGUGUUGUGUGGCAGUAAAUUCUUGAAAACAUAUUGGUAGUGAAUAAAACGUCAGAUAAUAUCGGUAUAUCUCUGUAUGUUGUGUUAUGUGAUAGUUAAUUGUUUUAACAUAUUGGUAGUGAUUAAUACGUCAGACAAUAUCGGUAUAAAUCUGCAUGUUGUGUUAUGUGAUAGUUAAUUGUUUUAACAUAUUGGUAGUGAAUAAUACGUCAGACAAUAUCGGUAUAUCUCUGCAUGUUGUGUUAUGUGAUAGUUAAUUGUUUUAACAUAUUGGUAGUGAAUACUACGUCAGACAAUAUCGGUAUAUCUCUGCAUGUUGUGUUAUGUGAUAGUUAAUUGUUUUAACAUAUUGGUAGUGAAUACUACGUCAGACAAUAUCGGUAUAUCUCUGCAUGUUGUGUUAUGUGAUAGUUAAUUGUUUUAACAUAUUGGUAGUGAAUACUACGUCAGACAAUAUCGGUAUAUCUCUGCAUGUUGUGUUAUGUGAUAGUUAAUUGUUUUAACAUAUUGGUAGUGAAUAAUACGUCAGGCAAUAUCAGUAUAACCCUAAAUGUUGUGUUAAAAGACAUUUAAUUGUUGUAAACAUUGGUACUGAUUGUCAAUGACGGUAAAUGAUUGACUUGUUGUUGGCUAGUAAAAUGUCUACUGUUGCCCACA